CUUCCCCCUGAGAGCCAGUCUGCAGCAGUUGCUACUUCAGCGAGGACUGAGGACACUUCCUGAUACCUUUGUGACAUGAAAAGCUUUUUGAGAAAUAUCAAAACUGCAAACAAAGAGAGUGUUCAGGCUGAGCCAGAAAAAGAUUGAAGGACUGAGACCGGGGGAAGAAAGGUGAUAAAUCCAAGCCUGCUCCUGCAUUGCUUCAGGAUUCCUGUUUUGCCAUGUCACUUGUGGAGACCAUCCGGCUUUGGAGUGAAGGGGUGUCUGCUGCAGAUCGCAAGGAUUGGACAGCAGCCCUUGAAGCCUUCAUGUCUGUUCAAAACCCUUCUUCCAAAAUCUGCUUUAACAUUGGCUGCAUCCACCUGAUCAUGGGAAAUUUGGAAGAGGCACAACAGGCCUUUAUCAGGAGCACAGACCAUGACAAGCACUUAGCGGUGGCCUAUUUUCAGCGAGGAGCUGUGGCUUACCAGAUGGAAAAUUAUGAAUCAGCUAUUAAUGACUUAAAAGAGGCCUUGGCUCAACUACGGGGGAAUGACCUAAUAGAUUACAAGAUUCUAGGCCUGCAGUUUAAGUUGCUUGCUUGUGAGCUGUUAUACAACAUUGCUCUUGCCUACGCUAAGCUGGAAGACUGGAAGAAGGCUGAGGAGCAUUUGACAAGAGCAGUAAAACAGAGGGUGGGUUCCAGGCACAACAAGCUAGAUAAGGCUAUGGAAUCCAUCUUGAAGCAAAGAUUGUUUGAGCCCAUAGUGAUCCCUGAAGGAAAAUUAUUUCGGCCAAAUGAAAAGCAAGUGGCACAGCUGGAGAAGAAAGAUUAUUUAGGGAAAGCCACGGUUGUGGCAUCUGUGAUUGACAAUGAUGACUUUUCAGGUUUUGCUCCUCUUCAGCCCCAGGCAUCAGACCCACCUCCCAGACCCAAAACACCAGAAGUCCUCAGGGCACUGCAAGGACAGCCUCACAGAGUCCUGUACGAAUUUAUUCCUGAAACUUCAGAAGAGCUGCAAGUCCUUCCUGGAAACAUUGUUUUUGUUUUGAAGAAGGAGAAAGACAACUGGGCCACAGUUGUGUUUAACGGAAAGAAAGGGAUUGUGCCUUGUAAUUACUUAGAACCAAUGGAACUGCAGAACCAGUUUACAUUCCAGGAGGAAAACAAUGAAGAUUUGGACAUCCCUGCUCCACCAAGCAUUGCUGCUCCAGAAUUCCCCACCAUGCUUUCCCCAAGUCACAGAAGAGGAUUGAAGUUUGAUGCAUUGCCAACACCCUAUAUCAUCAAGGUGCAUUACAAAUUCACAAUAGCCCUGCAUGUGAGUCCUGACCUGUCUUACUGCAACCUUUUAGAGAAGGUGUGCAAGAAACUGGAGCUCUUUCCUCAACACACAACACUGAGCUACCAGACCACAGAUGGUAAGGAUCAGGUCCUGAAUGAAGACAGUAUGACAACCUUAUGGAAUCAUGCAAAGAACAAUUGCUUGACAUUGUGGUGCACCACCAACGAGAUCAGCAAAGAUGAUUUAAGGAUGGAAGAUGGUGAGGAGGUUCAGCAGAAAAUACUAAGAGAGACUGAAUCAAAUCAGGUUAAAGCACUAUAUACUUACGAAGCCAAUCAGCCAGAAGAUCUGGAGUUUCAGAAAGGGGAUAUAAUUGUUGUUCUGGCUAAAGUGAAUGAAGAGUGGUUGGAGGGCACAUGCAAUGGGAAAGUGGGCAUUUUCCCCAAAGCAUUCACUGAAGAAUACCACAGCCAAAAUCAAGAAACUAACUCUGAAGGAUAAGCUGAAACCCCACAAAGAACUGAGAAAAUCCUGACUUCCUAAUUUUUUUUCAAAGCAAGUCAAUCAUUACAUUGAAGGCUGUCUUUGCUGGUUGAAGUCCUUGUGAUUAUUUUUGUUGCUAUUAUUUUGAUUCAGUGUAUUCUGCUUAAAUGCUUGUCAUUUGCAACUUACACUAGUUUUUCUAUACUGUACCUUACCUACAGUGCCAGCUAUUCACAACUGGCCCCAUGCUUAAUAGCAGAGCUAUAGUUUCCAUUUCUGGGAUGGCAUGAAAUACUGGCAGCAUUAUUUGGUGCCAGUAGAGUUAUCAUGUCAGAACCCAGAAAACACAUACCUUUCUUAUCUCAAAAUGUUCUGCUGCCCUCUGCUGUGACAAAUAAUGCUAAGUACUCUGCACAGCAGAAUCAAAUAAUGGGUCAUGAAGAAAAAGGGCAGAAGCUACAGCUGCUUCAACUUCUGCUGCAGAAUGGAAUCUUUCAAAGGCACAUGUGCAAACCUAUGAUUGAACCUGGGGAUCUUAGAUGAGAGAUGGAAUGAUGGAAAAGCAUAAUUUGAAGGGACUCUAUCUCUAGCAAGUGGUGAUAACUCAUUAAUUAGCUGAAUUGCUGUAUAGUGUUUUACUGAAAUAAAAAAUUACCUUCAGGGUUGUUGAAAAGCA